AUGAGCGACGACUGGGAGUCCGUCACCAAGAUCGGCAGCAAAGUACGAGGACCCGGCACCGCCCAGCGCGAAACCACCAUCAAAGGCAAAAGCGCACUCAACGCCGCACAACGGAGCGGAGCAGUCUUAGGUACAGAGAAGAAGUACUCAACAGCAAACGCCGGCGCCAACCCCGAAGGCCAACGCCUAACCAAAGUCGACCGCGCCGACGGCCCCGUCGCCACAAAGAAAGUCCCCGAAGACGUCGCCAAAGCGCUCGCGCAAGCGCGCAACCAGCUCAAGAACCAGAAAGGCGCGACGAUGACGCAAAAGGACCUCGCGAAUAAAGCGGCGGUGGAUGUGAAGUAUGUGGCGGAUCUUGAAAGAACGGGAGCAGAGUUCCCGAGCAUGGAUGUGGUGCAGAAGUUGCAGAAGGCGGCGAAUGUCAAGUUGACGGGGGAUAAGGCGAGUAUUGGGCAGCCGAUGUUGGGGCCGAAGAAGAAGUAG